AUGAAUAAGUUUCAGAGAUCUGCUUAUAACUUGGUACUUACUGUUAAAAUUAUGCUUCUGGGAACCUCUGGGAAUAGUUUACAGCACCACAGGGAUCUGCAGAAUGACAAUGGCAGCUGGGGACUAGAAGAAACACCAGAAAAUGGCUCAGUGGUAUCUACUCAUGCACUCCUCUUCUCACUGGACUACCAGCAUGUGCAAAUCCCUUUUGAAAUCACACUCUGGAUUAUGUUAGCUUCUUUGGCAAAGAUAGGAUUUCACCUCUAUAAUAAGAUGCCCACAGUUGUACCUGAAAGCUGCCUUUUGAUAUUUGUAGGUCUCAUCAUGGGAGGACUAAUCUACAGUUUAAAUGACAAAUCCCCACCAGUCAUGGAUAGUGACAUAUUUUUCCUGUACUUACUUCCACCAAUAGUCCUUGAGGCAGGAUAUUUUAUGCCAAGUCGGCCCUUUUUUGAGAACAUAGGAACCAUUCUGUUGUAUGCAGUAGUUGGAACCAUGUGGAAUGCCUUUGGAAUAGGCCUUUCCCUCUAUGGCAUAUGUCAGGUGAAGUACUUCAACCUUCAAGACGUAUCAUUGCUCCAUAACCUUUGGUUUGGUAGUUUGAUUGCUGCAGUAGAUCCUGUUGCUGUACUCUCUGUAUUUGAAGAAAUACAUGUGAAUGAGAAGCUUCACAUUUUGGUGUUUGGAGAAUCACUCCUUAAUGAUGCUGUUACUGUUGUACUCUAUAAGCUGUUCAAAUCUUUCUGUGAAAUGCCAUCUAUCAAACUAGUGGAUAUUUUGGCUGCUAUAGGAAAAUUUUUUUUGGUUGGAAUAGGAGGAAUUUUCAUUGGGCUCCUGUUUGGCGUGUUUGCUGCUUUUACCACUCGUUUUACCAAGACAAUCCGGGUCAUUGAACCCCUCUUUGUCUUCUUAUAUAGUUAUCUCUCCUACCUGACAGCUGAAUUGUUCCACCUCUCAGGGAUUGUGGCAAUUAUUACCUGUGCCAUGAGCAUGAAACGCUAUGUGGAAGCUAACAUUUCUCAGAAGUCCCACACUACUAUCAAGUACUUUAUGAAGAUGUGGAGCAGUGUUAGUGAUACUCUUAUAUUCAUCUUCCUUGGUGUUUCUACCAUUGGAAAUAACCAUGAAUGGAAUUGGCCUUAUAUUUGUUUCACUAUCAUUUUUUGUCUUAUUUGGAGAGCAUUAGGAGUUCUUGUGCUGACUUUCUUCGUGAACAAGUGUCAUGUGAAUACAGUCACCAGAAAGGACCAGUUUAUUAUCGCCUACGGGGGCCUCAGGGGAGCAAUCUGUUUUUCCCUUGUUUUUCUGCUCCCAGAAUUCUCCAGAAAAAAGCUCUUCAUUGCAGCAACUACGGUUGUUAUCCUCUUUACCGUUUUUGUACAGGGGAUGACCAUCCGUCCUCUUGUCGACUUACUAGAUGUAACAAGAAGAAGAGAGACCUCUCCAACUGUGAGUGAACAAAUUCUUAUUAGGUUCUUUGAUCAUUUGCUGGCUGGCAUAGAAGAUAUAUCAGGACACUGGGGACAAUAUUACUGGAAAGACAAAUUGGAAUAUUUCAAUAGCAGAUAUCUGCAGAAGAUUUUGCUCAGAGAAUAUGAUCAGCCAAAAUCAAGCAUUGUGCUUCUUUAUGAAAAACUUGAGAGAAAGCAUGCCAUUGAACUAGCAGAAGCAGGCCAGUUAAUACACACACCAUCUAGUACAUCUUUGCUGUAACAGAAACCAAAAAAAGCAGCAUCUAUAAAUCAAGAUAUCAUGGAUAAUAUUCAAGAAAUAUUGACCACAAACCUUUAUAAAAUUAGGAGAGUGGCUCCAGCAUAUAACAGGUACACCCUACCAGGAGAAAUGGGAACAGCAGAACAAGCAAAGGAAAUUCUCAUUCGGCGACAUAAGAGCCUACGACUGAGUUUUUCUCAAAGUGACUCUGAUCAAUCUCAAAAGGAGAACUCUGCUGAGUCAAAUAAGAUUACUUGGACUUUUGAAAAGUUCAAGCAGGCCAUCACAGGACAAGAGGAAGGCCUGGUGAAAUUUUGUAGCUUUGGAACUUCACAAUUACUGCAUUAG